UGCAGCCCCUUAACCAUAUUUUAUAUCCAUAUUUUCUCUUCUAAAACCUCUCUCUCUCUCUCUCUCUGUAAUAUUUCUCUUCACUUGAUAAACGGAAAUGGAGUCAUCAUGUGAGACGACAGCAACCGCCGUUACUCCACCGUCAUCUCGCUCCGUUUCGCCGUCAUCCUCUUCUUCCCCUCCACCGCCGUCAUCUCUGGUGGUGAGCCCUUGCGCCGCGUGUAAGAUCCUGCGGCGGAGAUGCGCCGAGAAAUGUGUCUUGGCGCCCUAUUUUCCUCCCACUGAUCCAAUCAAGUUCACCACCGCUCAUCGUGUGUUCGGUGCUAGCAAUAUUAUCAAAUUUUUGCAGGAACUGCCGGAGUCUCAGAGGGCCGACGCCGUGAGCAGCAUGGUGUACGAGGCGAACGCGCGGCUGAGGGACCCAGUGUACGGCAGCGCCGGCGCGAUCUGCCACCUGCAGAAGCAAGUGAGCGAGCUCCAGGCGCAGCUAGCGCAGACGCAGGCGGAGCUGCUCAACAUGCAAUGCCAGCUGCAAGCGCAAGCCAACCACCUCAUGGCCCGCGUUUGCAUGGAAAUGCCGCCGCCGUCGCCUCUUCACCAGCAAUCCGGUUUAUUCGACAGCACGGCGGCGACAGAAACCGCCCAACAUCAUGGUCUCCUUAGUACCUUAAGCUCCCUCGACGACAACAACAAUUUCGGUCAUUCCUUCGGCUGGGAGCUGCAGACUAUGUGGACAUGAGCCGCACAUACACGCACCUCUAAAGUUAAUCUAACUUCGAUCCAGUUAGUUUACACCUUUUCGAAUAGUGAUUGAGUAGCUGUCAAUUUUUCUGGUCACUCAAAAAAAUAAUUAAUAAUAAUUUUGUAACAUAUAUAUUGUACUAGAGGAAUAUUCAUGCAUGAAUAUUGAAUACCAAAUAGUAAAAUGUUAGUUAAUAAAUUAGGUUGCUUAUAUCUAUCAAUUGUUGUAUAUCAUAUCUUUCCAUUAUAUAAUAAACAAAAACCUACUCUUUUGUUACCUAA